CAAUGUUUGACAAGAGUCCAGCCACUGCUGAACAUCCAAGACUGUGCUUCUGUUUUUUUUUUUUCCUCGUACGGGGCCACCCAUCUCCCGAUAAAAGACAGAUCCAGCUCCCUUUAGGAGCUGCAUUGCAGCUUUUGGUCCUUCCCCUGUCUCGUCGCUGUUUAUCAGCUGACGUCCGAUCUAUAGCGCGUGUACGUCGCUCCCCGUGAAUAAAUACGCUGACGCCUGUGGCUGCUCUUUUGCCGUCUUUCAAGUCGACCGGCUUUUGGCAAACGCAGAACACGGUCGCCGCUUAUGUGGCGUGCUAUUCGUCAGCUUUUCACCUCCAGUUGAGGCUGGCUGGCCGUAUGCAUGUCUCUGAAAGAGAGAGAGAGAGAGCGAGAGAUGUGUCUGUAGCACAUUCUUGGUGCCUGGGCACCUGUAGCCAGAGCUAAUGCCUUCCUCUCACUAGAGGUGAAUGAUUGUUUUGGAAUUCUGUAGAGAGAGAGAGAGAGAGAGAGAGAUAGUGGGGCACAGAGCAGAGGGGGACAGAGGCAGCCGAGAGCUCUCUGCAUUCCUGUUCUGCCCCAGCACCAAGCUAUGGUAAAGUGUUCCCUGUUUUUGUUUGCUUGUUUUCUGUUUAUUGGGUCCGACGGGAAUAUUUGAUGGCUGGUCUGUGGAAAAGGGGAUAGAACUGGAAGCGGCAGGACCCCUGGGACACAAAGUGCUCUUUCAUAGCAGCAGUAUAUCCAGGAUCCUACCCUUGAAGACCAUGUUGGUAUCUUCUAUCAUCGCUCCAGCCCCGGCGGCAGCUCUGUCUCCUCAGAACCUCUAGUGGCCGUUUUCUGUACUGUGGUGGCCUUUUCAAGCGGACAGACAUUGUGCUUCAGCGGCCCCCGGUGAUUCCUGACAGGAUCUACUACUUGCUUUUUGACCAGCCCCCCUCCCUCCCCAACCCUUCCUUCACCCCAGUGCAGCCAGGGGCCGAUGGAUUAAGCUGCUUGGCUCGCCUGCACCGUUGCCGAGAACUCAGACCUCUUGUAAAACAAGCCUGGGCAGGGCAGCUGCUUUCCGCUUGCAUUUUUUAAGUGCCUGCAGAGAAUCCCAGAAAGUGCAUUUGUUAAGAAAAAGUUUUAAUUAGUUCCGUUUUUUUUUUUUUCUCAACGAAGGACUGAUUUAUUUUUUUUCUUCCUGCCCUUCCAGGAAUGCUAUUUUGUUUUGUAAACAACUUGAGAAGUUCCCUAAAAGCAAGUUGCGGUAACUCGAGGCUUAGUUCGGAUACCGGAGGCUGCGUUUCGAAAAGGGCACUGAGGCGCACCUAAAAUUGGGGGAAGGUGUGUAGGUGAGACUCGGAAACACAUUUAGUAGAAGACAUCUGUCAUGGGAUUCUGAGGGUGAAAGGAUCGUGGUUCAUUUUGGAAUGUAUGCCUUUGAAUGACUCUGAGAAGAGCCAGAAGCUGUGUAUGUAUAUCUUGUGGGUCUUUUUGUUUUUUUUUUUUUCUGCCUGGUUAAAACCAUGCUGGUACUGAGUGGUGGACCUACAGACAUUAGCUCCCAUGGUCUUGAUGCUCUGCAUAGAGACCGAACGGCAUACCGAGUAAUCCCUAACAGGACGGAGCGAGGCAGCCUGUGUGGGGCGGGGCCUACCUCUGAUCAUUACCACCCUGCAGCCCAGGGCUCGGCGUCUUCUGAGAACCAGCCAGGAGAAGACGAGGGAGAGCCUGGAGAGAGCCUUGGGCAGGGGCGGACCUCUCCGGCACUCCCUGGUAGUCCCACUCCAAGCUGCAGAGGCGGGACUGAGAGGGAGCCGGGGAAAAUGAGGAUGGACCGGUUGCUCGGGAAGCUCAGUAAUAGCUGCACAGUGAAACACUCUCAGGCAGUCUGGAAGCGAGCAGCAGAAGCUCCAGCACUCCAGCAGCUCGGGGAACUGGAGGAGGAGGUUAAUGCUUUGAGUCCCGGCGCUGCCGUCCCUCAGGAAGAUGGCUCUCUGCGCUGUGGCCCCCCUCCACCGGUGGUGUUGCGAAGACCCCCUCGGGAGCGUCAUGCCGGCACCCGAAGGGUGGUGAGCAUGUAUGGCUUCCAGGACAAGUCAGAACCAGCCGUGCGGAGCACUCAGGACCAGGGGAGGAGGCCCAGGAGUGUGUGUCUGCUGCCAGGGCUUGGCGGGGAUUCCCUUGCGGAUGGCCUACAGCAACAGAGGACCAGGAAUGCAGAGAUCAGGGCCAGCAAUGAUUUGAAGGUGGAGUCUCCCCCACAGUCACCUCCGGUGGUGCAACCCAGGUCCCGACAGCAGGUCCGGAAACCACGACCCGUCAGCAUGACUGUGCUGGAACUCAAGAAGUUCGACCGACAUGAUAACUUUGGCCGUGAUGGUGGCGGCUCCGGAUUUACCCGCACCUCCAGCGACGGCACCGGCCUACUCAAGGGGGGCUUUCGCUGGAGGUUCUUUGGCAGGCCGGCUCGUGAUACCGACACCUUCUCUCGUGAGGGAAGUAAGCCGGAUGGCUCUCGGCGCUCAUUCGCAUCCCUCCGCCGAACCCUCAGCUUUCGCAUCCGGAAAGGCCGUGACCACGACGACCAGGGCGAGCUUGCUCAGGCUAAAAACGACGGGCAUUACACUUCUGCCCGUCCGUUCUCCUACCUCACGGGCAGAACUUUGUCGGUCAGGCAGAUUCAUGAGGAGGAUGCUGGGAUACGGCAUUUGGAGUACCAGAGCAAGGGAAAGGGCAAAGUGAUGGAGGUUCCCAUGUUGUCGUCUAAGCUCCCUCGACCCAUUCAGGAAGAGCCUAGCUUUUGGCAGCUGAUUAUUGCACGCUUUAAGAAAAAACAACCAACACCUGAACUCGCUUCUCAAAGCCAGGAACUUGGCAUAGAUCCUUCAAAUACAAAGCCACUGACUGAUACCACAGAAACUCCCCCUAGUGUGAAAACCGAAGGUCAAGACUCCUUCGUCAACAGCCAGGAGUGGACGCUGAGUCGAUCGGUGCCAGAACUCAAAGUGGGCAUUGUGGGUAACCUCUCCAGUGGGAAGUCGGCCUUGGUGCACCGGUACCUGACAGGCACCUAUGUCCAGGAGGAGUCCCCAGAAGGAGGACGGUUCAAGAAGGAGAUUGUCGUGGAUGGACAGAGCUACCUGCUCCUCAUAAGAGAUGAAGGUGGACCUCCUGAGCUACAGUUUGCAGCCUGGGUGGACGCUGUGGUCUUCGUCUUCAGCCUGGAGGAUGAGAUCAGCUUUCAGACGGUUUACAACUACUUCCUGCGGCUGUCCAGCUACAGGAACACAGCUGACGUGCCUAUGGUCCUGGUGGGCACACAAGAUGCCAUCAGCGCUACAAACCCCAGGGUCAUUGAUGACUCGCGGGCCCGGAAGCUCUCCAACGACCUGAAGCGCUCCACGUAUUACGAGACCUGCUCGACCUACGGCCUCAAUGUGGAAAGAGUCUUUCAGGACGUGGCCCAGAAGGUUGUGGCCCUGAGGAAAAAACAGCAGCUAUCGAUCGGACCCUGCAAGUCGCUGCCCAACUCCCCAAGUCAUUCGUCCGUCCCUGCGGCCUCCAUCCCAGCUGUGCACAUUAAUCAGGCAGCAAAUGGCGGGGGUGCAUUCAACGACUACUCCUCCUCCGUCCCCUCCACCCCUAGCAUCAGCCAACGCAUCGAGACAGUGGCCGCAUCCAACACGCCCACGCCCAUCCGCAAGCAGUCCAAACGCCGCUCCAACAUCUUCACAUCGCGGAAAGCCAGCGAGCAGGCAAAGAGCGUUGACUGUAAAACUGACAGCAUAGGCAGUGGGAGGGCGAUACCAAUAAAGCAGGGAAUCCUGCUGAAACGGAGCGGCAAGUCGCUCAACAAGGAGUGGAAGAAGAAGUAUGUGACCCUGUGUGACAACGGCCUGCUGACGUACCACCCGAGCCUGCAUGACUACAUGCAAAACGUGCACGGCAAGGAGAUCGACCUGCUGAGAACCACGGUCAAAGUUCCCGGGAAGAGGCCCCCCAGGGCGGUGGCCACGGUCGCCCCGACCGCCAGCCCGAAGACCAAUGGGCUGAGCAAGGACCGAAGCACCCUGCAGCUGGGCACGGCAGGUGCCCCCCACUCAAAUAGCAGCACCUCCCUGCAGUCGGACCGCUCCGCCAGCGGCAUGAACCUGGUCGGCUUCGGCAGCAAGCCGGACGGUCUGCACCAGCGCUCCUUCUCCGUGUCCAGUGCCGACCAGUGGAGCGAGGCGGCCGGCAGCACUGGAGCCACUAACGGCCCCGCCGAGUCCUUGAGCACCAGUCCGAAUGUGUCCAGCGCCACCAGCCCCAAACUGGAACCGCCACCGUCGCCGCACGCCAACCGCAAGAAACACCGACGGAAAAAGAGCACGGGGAUCACCAAACCCGACGGCCCGUCUGCCGGCAACGAAGGUGGGGUGGCGCAGUGCACCGCCUUCCGGGAGAUGCGCACGCUGAUUGGCUGUGAAGCUGUCAAUCAUCGGCCACCAACUUUUGACGGCCGCCCCGCCUGCUUUCCCGCAGAUCCCGACUGGGCCAGCCUCAACCUAGGUGCGCUCAUUUGCAUCGAGUGCUCGGGCAUCCACCGUAACCUGGGUACGCACCUGUCCCGCGUGCGCUCGCUGGACCUGGACGACUGGCCCGUGGAGCUCAGCAUGGUGAUGACGGCCAUCGGCAACGCUAUGGCCAACGGCGUGUGGGAGGGCGCGCUGGACAACUACACCAAGCCGGGGGUCGACAGCAGCAGGGAGGAGAAGGAGCGCUGGAUCCGGGCGAAGUACGAGCAGAAGCUGUUCCUGCUCCCGCUGCCGCCGUCGGACGUGCCGCUGGGCCAGCAGCUCCUGCGCGCCGUGGUGGAGGACGACCUCCGCGUGGUGGUGCUCCUCCUGGCUCACGGCUCCAAGGAGGAGGUCAACGAGACGUACGGAGACGGCGACGGCCGCACCGCCCUGCACCUGGCCUGCGCCAUGGCCAACGUGGUGGUCACGCAGCUGCUCGUCUGGUACGGCGUGGACGUGAAAAGCCGCGACGCCCGGGGGAUGACGCCGCUGGCCUAUGCGCGACGGUCGGGCAGCCAGGAGUGUGCCGAGAUCCUGCUCCAGCACGGCUGCCCCAACGACAGCAGCACGCUGGUGCCCACGCCCACCGCUGCCCGCCGCGGCACCAACCCCAACGCCAACAACAAUAACGCCCAGGGCGAGCUGAGCCGCAGCGCCAGCGCCAUCUAGUGGCGGGGAGGACUGACUGCCUCCAUGUGCAUCUCCAUUUGCUUCUCCUGUAGCCCUCACCCUCAAUGCCAACAACGACUUCACCUGAGUGACCCGGGGCCUCCAGUGGCCACAGGAAGAGAAGGAUGAUCCAGUACAUGCCCAUGUAUAGUCUCUAUAUAGCCAUGAAAGAACACUUUGCAAGGAUUUUUUUCUUAUGGUGGGUGGGAGGUUCUUUUAACCUACUAACAGGAAUCUAGUGCGGGAGCCUCGGAGCGGAGCAGCGUCCAUAGGGGAGCCGUCUGCAGUGGCACCGACUUCUGCACAUUUUUGGAAAUUACCGCAGCUUUGGAAAUAAUGUGGUUGUCUUUGGUGUGGAUCUUAUUAUUAUGGUUAUUAUAAUACUUAUAAUUAUUGUUAAAAUUAGCGAGUUUCACUGUAGAGUUUUUGAAUUGUUUGGUCUUUUCCAACAGGUUUCCAUUGGAUUUUCUUUAAUGAAACUGGAAUCUUGCCAGUUUCAUACUAAAAGUUGGCAUUUCAGUUUUAUGGCCUAAAAAUCGGAGGCUUCGAAAAAUCACAACAAAAACGUCAGGAAAAACAAACAAAUACAUUUAACCUGAUUCAAUCAAACUGUUAUGCCCUUUGACCCAGACUUUUGGCAUAUCAGAUAAAAGUGUAAUGAUUGCUAAGACCACAGAUGUAAGGGAAAAAUUUGAGCUUAAAAUCAACGUAGCACGUACAGAUAAGAACCAUUACACCAAAGUUAGAAGCAGAGGGCUUGAUGGGCUUGAGUUAUUUUCUGAAGUUUUGCUGCAGAAGAUGGUCUCCCCCCUGGUCAGUCCUGGGAGACAAAUGGAUAGAUUCACCCCAUUUGGCCGCGGAGGGAGUUUUAGUCGAGCAGCUGCCGGUCAGUUCUCGUUCGAUCACAUGCUUCCCCCCCCCCGUUGAGAUUCCUUAAUUAUCGAUUCCUGCCUUCAGAACCCAGCCUCUUCCCAUAAGGCUUUGCUGCUGUGACACGGAGCCACCCUCUGUGGCAGAUGCGUGUCCCCACCGCGAUACAGGGGAGCCGACCGAUAUCUCCAUGUCAGGUGCCCAGGCCUCCUACUGUGCUGUGUGGUGUGACGUGCAGGUACAGGGGACAGGGACCGGACCUCCUUGUCCUGCUCGUGGCCCCCGAUUACACACCUUUUCCUCUCUCAGGCGUACCUCCUCCUCUUGUAGCCUUAAUGACCCUCCUCUGCUCCUCAGUGGAGGAGCUGCAAACCUUGAGCUUGUGUUAUCUUGGGGGAAGACCCCCCCCCCCCACCCUCCCGCCCAGCGUUUGGAGUCCCCAUUGCAGCAGCUGCCAGACGAUGGGUGGGGGAUGGGGGGCAUUUAUUUAUUUGUUUCAAGUCGUUGGCAGUGCCCUUUGUUAUUGGCACGCAUUGAGGUUGGUGUGUAACAGCCCCUGCUGGUUCAAAGGGGGGGGGGGAAAAAUGACUAAGUUGUAUGGAAUGGUGGUGGCAAAGGACAGUGUUUGUUCCUGGUUCUUUACAAGAAGUGAGGCCUCUUUGACUCCCACCCAAAUGGCAGCACAUGAUUGGCAGAUCAGCUUCCGGGGCCUGGCCCCGUUCUCUUGGCUCUUGGACGGGUAUCUGUACCCUCUGCAUUCCUGAACCAUUAGUUACAACAUCGUUGGGACUGAUGCCUUUCAGUAGCUGGAUUUUAAACUUGUUUGCCGGCUAUUGCUAAUAUAACAAGCCAUCCUUUCCAACCGUUUUUCUUUUCAUGUUCGUGUUCUCGGUUUUCGAAGGCUUGCGACCAAGGGCUGCACGGGGACACUCUCCUCUCCUGUGAAUGACGUCGCUGUCGUUGUCCUAGCAGCGCCGCCUUGAGUAUGAAAGGGUUUAGUUUCUACGGCAUAGUUUAGUUUCUGCGUCAUUGCUGACAAUUGACUGAUGGCGCCGGAUUUCCAAUGGCGUUUUGUUUGGUGCAUUUUUGAAGCGCGAUUAAAAUUGCCUUUGCUCUGCUGCUUGUUUGACCCUAAAAUCACGGCUGUUGUUUUCGUCGCUCGUCUCCUGCUCCAUAGUCAUACAGUCCUGGAUCAAGUUGUUCUUCAGCGCUGCUCUGAGAUCAGUCCGCUUUGUGCUAGCUUGGAGCUGUUUAGCGUAUUCCCCGUUUUUGGCUUUCUGAUUGGCGGAAUCCUCUCUGCCACUGUGGUACCUGGAAGCCCCCCCCCCCCCCCCCCCCCCGCCCAACC